AUGAGGACUUGGACGCCGGCCUGUCGGGCGGGCGGGAAGACCCGGCUCCUGAGCAGGGAGGUACCCCACUUCGAGUUACCCAAGGCCGAAAGGGGCAAUGGAGCAUCGCCGAGGCAUCGCAACCACUCAAAGCAGAAUACGAGGACAGCAAGCUUGGAGUCAUCACAGCCUUGGACAGCCACACGAUGUCACCGGCUACUCCGUCCGCUCCUCACCCAUAUCGCUGCCCUGCGAAAGGACAAGGAGCGGAGUGCCUCGACUUGGUUGUUAACAGCUGCUAACCAGAGCACCAAGCCUCGACAAACUGUGCUCGGCAAGAGGAGCUAUCCCUACGACGACGCAGAUUAUAGCGACAAGAAACCAUGUCGGAAGUAUUCUCGAAAAGCAUCACGCAGUCUAUCAUCAGACACUCAGUCAUGCACACCGCAGCGGAAUGUGCGCAUGCGGCGGCGCCAAACUGGCAACAGAGCGCCUGAAGAUGUCGUGAUGCCCACGCCCUUCCUUCGCCGCAUCAGAAACCACGAGCCCUCUUCCCCAGCCCAGACCCCAGAUGAGCCAUGCCAAGAGGACCCAGGACCGGCAAGCCGGUGUUGUCACUCACGCAGCGGCUGUAGCACCAAGUGCAUCUUCGAGAUGGAAUUGACUGGUAUCCGCCCCAUCAUUGAUCCGAAAGGACAUGGACUCUUUGAAUCUGUCUUCCGGGCUCUCGAUUACUUGCUACGGUCGACCUCCCCGCAGAAGAACCGAGCGGCCAGCGCCAAGUCGCUGCUGGCCAUGUGUCUCCGGAAGGUGCCAGCCUACAUCGCAGGGCUCGAGGAGUGGGAGAGGGUGGAGGCCGAUGCAAACGGCACCAAGUCAGCGAUACAGGGCGCUGGCGUGUCCUUCGAAAUCUACUCGGAGCUUGAGUCGCUGGGUGCUGUUGGGGGAUGGAGACAUCUAUGCUUAGUGGUUCGAGCUCACGCUGUCCACAUUCUCCAGGAUGCCGUAUUAGAGGGACUAUUCGACCGCUCGGUAGCAGACCUACUAAUUCGGGUGUGCCUCGAAUAUAUGCCGCCUACCGAGUUCAAGGGCCUCCUUGAUGCUGUUUUGGUCCGACAGUAUCCGAAGCCUCACUCUACCGAUUAUUACGAGCUCACCCACCCCUUCAACCACCCGGGGCUUUGGCCACUCGAGGUACUAAAUGCCUGUGACCCAUCAGGGACCUCAAUCAUGCCGAGGAUGUUGGCCGACCUGCUGGCCGACGGGCUGCUACCAGCCGACUGGAUCCUGCAUCAGGGUUUCACCCGGGUAUGGCCGUCGACCGUCCGCAAGAUCACACAGAUGAAGCCUUGCCAGGAUACCGUGGACUUUGUUAUCAUCAUCCUCGGGCUGCUCUGUGAGCUCGCCACACCCACAAAGCCACGCGGCGUUCCCCAGACGCGGCUGCGAGGAGAUUCACAGACAACACUCGUCAGCGCCGUUGCGGCACUCGGUUCCGUUGUCCUCCUCAGCGAGGAGAGAUUGAGCGAAAGCAACGAGACCUGUUCAGCAACCCGGGCAACCGCCCUUCGCCGAAGGAUGAGUUACAUUGUAAGCACCUGCUCUUUCAACCUUAAACGCCGCAAAGUUGGUGGCAGGAAGCUCGGCACCUAUCUCCUCGCGCUGUGCUCCUUCCUCUCCAUCGAAGGGCCUUCCAGCUCAGUUAUAUCCCCAGCAUCCACGCUCGAAGCCUCUUGGAGAGGUGUGAAACACUGCCGUGGCAACGCCAGCCUCAUGCUCCAAUACGACGCCACGAUUGCCCUAAUGAGCGCCAUGGCGUACUCGUGCAGCCGUGGCGCUGGUCUCGCUCCGCACGUCUACCUCUCACGGUUCUGCGACAAGCUGGAGUCCCUGGAGCUACCAGGCGGCGCGUUGAGCAACAUGCGCGUGGACGGGGCGUUUCGGCUGGCAGAGCACACGGGAGAUCUUAGAGAUCUCGCUUACGCCGAGGCUCUGAGGGAGAAACAAGCUCGCAUGGCGGAUGGCUGCGUCACCCCCGAGCAAAAGGCCCGCGGUAGCGGUAUCCAGGGGAAGAAGAAAGCUGCCUCGUUCUCCGGGAUACGGUGGGAUGAUGGCAUCAGUGAGUGGGUUGCUGCUACGCCGGGGACUGAGCUCCGCCAGGUCGGACGCAGACCGGGCCUGAGAGCACGAGAGGCGGAGUGCAGCGGAGGGGAGGCGGACGAGAACGGGGAUGUAUCAGAAACGGAAUCAGAAACAGAACACAGCGGUGCCAAUCCAGGAUUGCCACCAGCGGAUGACGAAAGCGAUGGCUCUGCGUCUGAAACAGACAAUGAAACUGAGACCACUGAUACACUAUCGCCCAACACCGAGGCAUUGCCGAUCCCUUCGGAUCCAGACCCGAACCCGGCGUCAGAAGGACGCCCACAUUCCGACGACGACGAAGAUGUCGACCGCGCAGAUCAAACCGACCCCAUCUCCCCCAGCGCCAAACUGGAAAAUGCCCCGCCAACACCUGCGGGAGGCUUCCUCGCCGCCCGUCCACGCAGGUUGUCGAGGCCCAUCACCAGCGAUGGAGACGGAGACGAGCUGGCUUUUGACGUUGACAACAUCAACACCAACGACGACAUCAUCCACAACAAUGGGAAAGACAAGUGCUCGGAAAGGAGGAACUGGCAGAAACCGGCUCGGUUUCGCACUGAUGCUAUCAAAGCGAGGAAGAGGGUGACUAAGGCGUCGCUGGUGUAUCUACAGCCUGUUGAGAGAUGCAGGCCAAUCUGGGGGAACGGGGGGUAUGAUGGGGACGGGGGAGGGGAGAGCGAUGAUGAGUUGAGCAUUCUGUAG